CAGUGUUUUCUCCUAUUCCCUGAUGUUUAUAAAUUAAAGAAAUAGUGUUUUUUAACGUCCUAUUGCCAUGGCGGCGGCCGCUACAUCUUUGGGAAAACCCAAGGGUCCUAUAGUUGACAACGCGUUAUGCCGCUGCUGUCGUACCAUUAAGAAAUGUCGACUUUUAUCCAACGAAUACGAGUGGUCGGGGAAGAAGGAAGUUUACUCCGAUAUGUUGAUGGAUUGCUUCGGAUUACUUUUGUCACAUCUAGACGGGGAGCCCAAAGACAGCGGAGUGUGUGCCACAUGCGUCGGCCGUCUCCGGGAAGCCGUGGCUUUCCGGCAACAGGUGCUGCAGAGCGAGCAGGCCUUCCUCAACGCUCGGCUGGAAAAUAAGGAUGCAUUGCCGCUGGUGGAGACUAAAGUAAAAGUGGAGCCGAUGCACGAGUCAGACGCCUCCGUGGGCGGGAAGGAUGAUGACCAUGAUUAUGAGCCUGAACCGGAAUACAAAAUAGAAAUAAAGCCAGAGCCGAUCGAGAAGCGAAAGAGAACUCGACCGCGGCCCUUACUGCUGAAGAAACCGUCCAAAAGAGAGCUGUUUGAUAGAGCGCUGGCUCUACAAGACCAGCUGGACGAGUUGCUUGAUAAUGGACCACCAUCUCCAAUAUCACCACCGAAGAAGAAGAAAGAAGGUCAGAAGAAGUCUUAUAGUGACACCGACCAUAUGGUGUAUCACAACACUAUUACAAUAGUACUCAACUCGUAUGUCUGUCCGUUCCAUAACCGGACCAGUAACUAUUACUGCUACUACUGCCGGGAGCAGUUCACGAACCCCGUAGAGUUGCGUGAGCACACGUUGCAACACAAGCCGAGCUUGUUCGAAUGCAUGACGGAGAACAAGAAGGUACCCAAGAUAGACAUCACGAGGGUCGACUGCCGCCUAUGCCCAGCAAAAAUUGAAACACUAGAAGACUUCAAAGAACACAUAAGCACAGUACACAGCAUAAAAAUCUUCCCCGUCGACAACGAAUUCUUAAAAUUCAAAUUAACUCUAAACAACUUAAAAUGCACAGAAUGUAAUGAAACAUUUCCAUAUUUCGACAGUUUAAAAAAACAUAUGGUAGAACAUUUCGGUACUUAUAUAUGUGACCAAUGUGGUUCCUGCUUUCUAGAACUCAAUUCCUUAAGAACUCAUAUUAAGAGUCAUAAUAAAGUCGACGCGAACUUCCCUUGUGAAAUAUGCGGGAAGAACUUAAAAUCAAAAUACAGUAAAUAUCUACAUAUAGCUACAGUCCAUGAGAAGAAACCUACAGUUAAUUGCUACAAAUGUGAUUCCAGUUUUUUAUCUUACGCUUUAAGAAACAAACAUUUAAUUGAAGCGCAUGGUGAUAAAAGAACAUUUCCUUGUAAAUUAUGUGAUAAAGUGUAUAACAGGAGGAAAACUUUAAUGGAACAUAAUAGGAGGAAUCAUUUGAAAGUUUAUAGACAUCAAUGUGACUUGUGUGAUCAGAGAUUUUACUUACCAUCAAGGCUGAAAGAGCAUAUGGCAACGCAUACUGGGGAAAGAAAUUUUCGGUGUGAGUUCUGUGAUAAGUGCUAUCCUAGACUGCAGUCUUUACAGGAGCAUGUGAGGUCUCAUUCGAAUGAAAGACGAUAUAAAUGCGAUAUUUGUAACGCGACUUUCACUCAGAAUGGCAGUUUGAAGAGCCAUAUGAAGAGUCAUCAUCAGUUUGAGUUGGACGAUAAUUUUGGAUGACACGGCUAGUGACUGGUAUAAUAUACACUGUGCUCAUAAGACAACCGAAUAGUUGUAACAGCGUAUUUUUAAUCUCAUGUUGAGACUGAAAUGUCAUUAAAUUUUCUAGAUUUCGCCUCAUUUCAGAGUUAUUACACUUAUUACCAAUUGAAAAACAAAGCUUUCUUUCUUAUUGUUACCUCAGUAAUAAAAGGCCUCUUUAACGGCAUUGAUGCCAUUAUAGAGAAUAGUCUCACUAUCCUCAUUGAUAGAUAUCAAAAAGUGAGAGGUAAAAUCUUUCAAAAUGAGGUUUUUAGAAAGAAAACGUAAAAUUUCAUUUUAAGUGGCAGUUUUAAUAACAUUUACUUUUUGUGUGAAAAUAUAUUCAAAAAUAGUAAAAAAGGCCAAAAAAAAUUUUUUAUGCAAAAUUGCAACAAUUUUUUUUGGCAAAAUUUCCUCAAUUUUUUUCUUUGUUGACCUCAUAAAAGUACUUAUAUACUAUGUGAGUGUGAUCAAUAAUUCUACCUACCAUCAAGGCUGAAAGAGCAUAUGGCAACGCAUACUGGGGAAAGGAAUUUUCGGUGUGAGUUCUGUGAUAAGUGCUAUCCUAGACUGCAGUCUUUGCAAGAGCAUGUGAGGUCUCAUUCGAAUGAAAGAAGAUAUAAAUGCGAUGUUUGUAACGCGACUUUCACUCAGAAUGGCAGUUUGAAGAGUCAUAUGAAGAGCCAUCAUCAGUUUGAGUUGGACGAUAAUUUUGGAUGACACGGCUAGUGACUGGUAUAUGAAUAAUAUACCGUGCUCGUGAGACAACCGAAUAGUUUUAACAGCGUAUUCUUAAUCUCAUUUUGAGACUGAAAUGUCAUAUUAACUUUUCUAGAUUUCGCCUAAUUUCAGAGUUAUUACCAAUUGAAAAAAAAAAGCUUUCUUAUUGUUAAAAAGGCCUUUUUAACAGCGUUGAUGCCAUUAUAGAGAAUAGUCUCACUAUCCUCAUUGAUAGAUAUCAAAAAGUGAGACGUAAAACCUUUCAAAAAUGAGGUUUUUAGAAAAAAAACGUUAAAUUUCAUUUUAAGUGCCAGUUUUAAUAACAUUUACUUUUUAUGUGAAAAUAUAUUCAGAAAUAGUAGAAAAGGCCAAAAACAUUUUUUUAAUGCAAAAUUUCCUAAAAAUUGCAACAAUUUUUUUUUUGGCAAAAUUUCCUAAUUUUUUUUUCUUUGUUGACCUCAUAAAAGUACUUAUAUACUAUGUGAGUGUGAUCAAUAAUUCUACCUACCAUCAAGGCUGAAAGAGCAUAUGGCAACGCAUACUGGGGAAAGAAAUUUUCGGUGUGAGUUCUGUGAUAAGUGCUAUCCUAGACUGCAGUCUUUGCAAGAGCAUGUGAGGUCUCACUCGAAUGAAAGACGGUAUAAAUGCGAUGUUUGUAACGCGACUUUCACUCAGAAUGGCAGUUUGAAGAGUCAUAUGAAGAGCCAUCAUCAGUUUGAGUUGGACGAUAAUUUUUGAUGACACGGCUAGUGACUGGUAUGAAGCGCUGGUAGCCUAGCGGUAAGUACGUGCGACUUUCGUUCCGGAGGUCGCGGGUUCGAACCCCGGCUCGCACCAAUGAGUUUUUCGGAAUUUAUAUGCGAAAUGUCAUUUGAU